UUAUUCCCACAACCACAACUAUGUUGCUGUCUGUGAUUAUUUCAGUUUUAUACAUCCAAAGCUGCUAUGGAAAAUUCAAUCCAACCAAUGAAACAGAUCUAUCCAGAUGUAAAGUCUAUUACUCUAGAUCAGGGACGACAUACACAACUUUCUUCGAACUCCAAAAACCAAAUAGAAAUGAAACCGACCUGAGACUAGACUUUCACUUUUCCGUGCUGGCUGCAAGUGACGCACAUAUUCUCAUUGCUACCACCAAAAAACCCGCAAAAAAUGAUCCCGCUUACGAGAUCGUCAUUGGUGCAGGUGGCAAUACUUUCUGCGAUAUUAGGAGAAUGCAAAAGAAUCAGGUGAAGGAGUCUGUUAGGAUUAAAGGAUUGCUCUCUGCAUUGGAUCCGAGGUCCUUCUGGAUACAUAUCACUAGGAAUGGAGUAAUUGAGGUUGGAAAAGAAGGUGAAGAACUGGCAUUCAUCAGUUGGAAAGACUAUGACCCUCUGCCAAUCACCACCAUAGGCUUCAGCACUUGGCCUGGAAUUGAAGCCAAGUGGUAUUUCGAUUGUAUAAGAGACGAUAUAAAGAAAAUUAAGAGGAACUUAACAAAUGAGGAAAGGCUCAGAAGAGAUCUGCUGAAUCAUUAUGAUCCAAUGGUCAUACCAACAAAGAAUGAAUCAAUGAAAACCAUGAUAAAAAUGGCUCCAGAAAUACGUGGAUUGAGUCUGGAUGAAAAAAGAUCGAUGUUACACACUCAGGGAGUUGCACAUGUAAUGUGGAUGGAUGAGAAAUUGGUAUGGAAUGCUUCUGCUUAUGGUAAUGUCAGUGAGAUCAGAGUAAGCAGCAUAGAAAUGUGGAAACCAAACUUGAUCGUUUACAACCAUUUCGAGGAUGAUGAGUACAUUUUUGAUAAUACCCAAUUAGUAGUGAAAUCUAAUGGUCUGGUCUAUUGGCAUCCUAGGCUGGAUCUCAGAACAUGGUGUGAUGUGGCAGACUCUGAACAUAAUCGUUGGCCGAAGGAUAGAAGGAGCUGCGAUAUUAUAUUUACGUUCGCCACGGAUCUGCAGAAAUUGUGGAUAAAAUACACGAACUUAUCUGAUACUCAAAAGCAAAACCCCAAAUUUGCCGAUUGGAUUGUCGAAGAAAUAGACAUAUACACUGCUCUAGAUCCUGAACUCAAGACAGAUAAGGAAUACUUGUAUGUUACCGUGGAACUAAGGAGAAAUUCUGAAAUUUACAGCAGAGUUUUUCUGACUACUUAUAUCGUUACUAUAAUUUCGAUCUUAUGCAGUUUUUGUGUAUCUCCAUCUGGACCUUAUAAAAUGUCUUUGGGCUGCUUUCAAUUGGUGUUAUCAAUCUCUUGUCUUAUUUUCAUAGGCAUUCUACUACCAGCUCAUGAUGCAAUAGUUCCUUACAUAGUACGACUUCAUAGCUACAGCGUAACUGCGGGUGUGUUUUCAAUAAUAAUUGCAAUAAUAGUUAUAAAUCUUAGUCGAUUAGAGAGACAAAAGCAGUUACCUAAUAUUUUAACCAACCUGUUGACAUCUACUAUCUUUAGAAGAAUAUUUUGUUUACCCGAAAUAGAAAGAGAUCAAUAUGGACGACCAUCUUCUAUAACUAGAAUGAAAUUCAAUCAACAGCACUAUAUUCUUUUAGGUGUCCUAAUAGAUAGAAUAUGUUUAUUUAUAGGCAUUUGUCUAUUUGUGUAUUCAGUUUCUUUGUACUGAUUAUAUUAUUUUUUGUUAAAUUUGAUCGUGAUAUUUUAAUUAUGUUUUUUCAAAUAAAAGUAUUAUCUUUUCUAGUUUUAA